GUGAAAUGUGAUAUAUUGAAAAAAAAAGUUUCGCCAACUAUUUAGGCACGGCACUGAAAGCUGUCCACAGACUUGUCACAAGCUACGCCAUGGUACAGACACGAUACAUCCACAUCACCAUCAUCACCACUCUCUUGCUACUUGGUGGUGGUCAAGCGUGCGACAACGAGUGGACAUCUUACGACAACUCGUGUUAUAUGCUGGGAGCUGACCAGGUCACGUGGACCGAUGCAGAGGAAAUGUGUCGUCUGGUCAGUGCAGACCUGGUGAAAAUCGAGUCAGCUGACGAAAAUGACUUCGUCAAACGCUUGGUCGUCAGCCACAACGCUGCUCACUCUGUGUGGAUCGCCGCCACUGACGUCUUCUCGGAGGGAAAGUUUACGUGGCUGCCGGAAGGCGAACCCGUGAUCUUCACGGACUGGGCGGCAGGCGAGCCGAACCACUUCACGGGUCCAGAGAGUGAAGACUGUGUGAUGCUGGACAUCGGCAAAAGCUGGCACUGGAACGACAACUCCUGCAGCACCACCGCCUACUUCGUCUGCGAAAUGAGAGAUGAUUCCCUCGACGUGCCGGUGCCGGUGGGGUAGAAAAGCAGGAGGGAAGCUGUGGUGGCGACAUGUACAGUGUUACUGUUGUAUUUCGACACAUUACAUGCAUAUUAUUAGUAUUUCACUUAAACAACAUACUGCGUACACGUGUAUCAUUAUAUGUUAACACAUUCAGUUUCGGGUGUUGUUGUAUUUUUAACGUUUAUACAUGAACGUAUAUAUAAUACAAGUCUGUGUUUGUACCCGUUUGUCUGCAUGCAGAUGAUGAGUGAGAAAGACAAUUUACAAACGUGACGUACAAUUAUUAUUUUGUCUUCUGAAGCAAGUGAUUUGUUCGGUUGGGGAUGUACUUACAAGCGUUGUAAACCUACCUAUGAUGUCUACUGUAUAUGGCAUGUCAACUGGUCAUUAAACAAAUUAAAUUUGUUGAAA